AUGCCUGUUGCUGUGCGUUUAGUUGAGGUCUUGACGUUAGUUACGCUAUUGGGCAUAUUGACGGGAUUUUCGAUUUUUAUUGUUGUGGCACAAAGGCUUAUAUUUUUGUUGUUACUCCUAAUAACGCCAUUAACCUAUGUUAUCCAUAGUAUGUUGUGUUUAUCGGAGAAGAUUCUUGUGGUAACCCUAACUGGGCUAUUAAGUGUAACAAAUAAUGUUGGAGACAAUAUGGACUAG